AUGGUGGUAAGUGACCUGGUUUGGACUAUCUUCUUCCUGGCUCAGACUAGCCUUGGGCUCCUGGGCAAUUCAACCCUACUCAUGCUGUACAUCAACAUUUUCAUCACUCAUCCCUAUCAGAGGAAGUCGACAGAUCUGAUCCUCACCCACCUGACCGUGGCCAACACCAUGACACUUCUCACCCAGUGUGCCCCAGGAAUGGUGAUGGCCUUUGGACUGAAGACUCUCGUAGGCACCAUUGGAUGCCAGAUCGUCUUGUACAUCAGAAGGGUGGCCAGGGCCCUUUCUAUCUGCACCACAUGUCUCCUGAGCGUUUUCCAGGCCAUCACCAUCAGUCCCAGCACUUCCCUCUUUGCCCAGCUCAAACCAAGAGCCCCCAGUUACAUUUUCCCUUCCUUUGUCUUCUUCUGGAUUCUCAAUCUGUUCAUAGACAUUAAUUUUCUAAAGUCUGUAGUAGCCAUUAGGAAUGACACCAUCACUGUCAGUGUUUACAGAAGUAAGUCCUGUUCCAGUUCCCAGAGGGAAAGUCUCUUGAAACAAGAUGCUUUUGUAAGCCUCAUGACUCUGCGUGAUGUCUUUUUUGUGUUCCUCAUGAGUUGGACCAGUGGCUACAUGGUGGUGGUGCUACACCAACACCAGAAGCAAGUCCAGCACAUCCACAGCAACAGCCUCUCCCCCCAAUUUUCUGCAGAGGCCAAAGCCACCCAGACCAUCCUGCUCCUGGUCAUUUCCUUUGUUUGUUUUUACUGCAUCAACUCCAGCUUCAACCUGACCUUGUAUUUUGUGCCAGAGAACGACUUGAGAUUUUAUGACCCAGUAUUAUUUCUCGGUGCUUGUUAUGCCUUCUUCUGUCCCUUUGUGUUGAUUAGCAAAGAUCCCCGGGUCCCCACGGUACAGGGUGUCCUGAAAAAGAUAAGAGGAACACUUGGUCCCCUGGAUUCCAGCCAAGAACAACAGGUCACCUCCCUGCCUCUUUCUCAGCCCACUGACUCUCUGUAA